UCCAAGAUGUCAGCGCCCAUAAAUAGGAAAACAAGCGGUACGUGGCGAUGAUGAUAACACAUAUUUCUCGUCUCUACUGCCACCAUCAUGAGAGGCAAUGGUGCUGGUCUGUUGCUGGUGCUUUGUGGAGUCUUACACAAUUUGGAAAUGACGAUCGCUACGCAUGACAUCAACGAUCAAGAGGUUUUUGAACCCCACACGUCAUCAAAACAAAUCUUGAAUGUGGCUUCAGGAAAUGUGUCGUCAACAACAAUAACAACAAAGGAUGGAGUUGAUGUGUCAAAUGCUGAUGGAGAUGUGCCACCAUAUGUUAGGGAUACACAGAUCGAUAUUCCGACAAUUCUCUGGUGGACACAUAGACUAUUUACUCACAAGGAAAAUUCGAUUCUUCAAUGUCCUAAAGCGUCCUGUCGUGUGACAAGCAAUCGUAAACACUUGUCUCGUGCAAAGACACGUGGGAUCAUCUUUUAUGGGUCCGAUUUUGAUAGCGAAGAGCUGCCAAUUCCACGAAAGAAACACCAUGAAUGGGCUCUUGUGCAUGAGGAAUCGCCAAUGAAUAAUCACCUUCUGACUCACACCAACAUGAUUCGUCUUUUUAACCACACGAGUACGUUCAAGAGAGAGUCUGAUUACCCCUUGACUUUGUACUCACUGCCGUCUUUACAUUAUCUAAUUGAAAGGAAGCCGUUGUCUAUAGAUGUGAAAAAUAAACACAGGAAAGACGGACUUGCUCCUGUUGUUUAUAUCCAAUCACACAGAGGCGUUGCUUCUUAUCGUGAUCCCUAUGUUGAGGAACUUAUGAAAUAUAUUCCUGUUGAUUCGUAUGGUGCUUGUCUUCACAAUAAGGAUUUACCAAAAGAACUGAUAGACCCAGUGGAACAUAUGGGUAGUCCACAAUUUCUUGACUUAAUUUCAAAAUACAAAUUUCAUUUGGCAUUUGAAAAUGCUUUAUGUGAUGACUACAUGACAGAGAAACUUUUCAGGGUCUUCCACGUAGGAGGUGUUCCUGUCCACUUGGGUUCGACAAAAGUUAGAGACUGGAUGCCUGAUGAGCAUUCUGUAAUAACUGUUGAUGACUUUGCAUCGCCUAAAGAUCUUGCUGAAUAUUUACUAAGACUUGAUUCUAAUGAUGAGGAGUAUGAAAAAUACUUAGAGUAUCGGAAAGCUGGUGGGAUUACAAACUCGUUACUUGUCAACCAUAUGAAGAAUAGACCAUAUGAUGACAAUGAUCCAAGAAAGUAUAAUUUUCUUCAGGGAUUUGAAUGCCAUGUUUGUGAGAAGAUCAGCGAGAGAUUCCAGAAUGAGAAACAACACCAUGCUGACCCGAGUGUUCCAUUGAUGCCACCAAGGAUAGCCCACUACAGCCACCUCAACUGCCACCAACCACACCCACAUCCAUCUCUAGAUCAAGACCAAGUUCUGGAAGAUCUCAAAGAAAAAAGAAAGGCUAGCCAACCCGGAGAACUUGGCCGAAUUGACUGGAUCGAGGAUUACUGGCAAGCCUACAGUAAAGCUGUUGCUAUCAAUAAGAUGCUGCAGGUUGGAGAGACCAAUCCGGGCAAGUUCAAUGACUACUGGAUGGAGGCCAUGAGAGAGAGACCAGGGCAGGAGCUUUAGGAUGAACUUGUCCCUGUGGAUUACUCGAAAGAGACUGGAAAAGAAAAUGUGUCUCAGCCCAUUUUGUACAAAAAAAUUUAAUCUAUAGGUUGAUGAACAUUGAUUUUUGUAAGGGUAACCACUGUAACAUGAUAACACUUGUGUGUUACUGCUCGACUGGUCACAUUACACCAGCUUUUGGUUGUUUCAGUGUUGGAGAGAUGGCAGCACUGUGAUAUUCUUAGCACAAUCGUAGGUUUUUACAAUGACGUAAGUGUUGCUCAGUUUGGUCUUGCCAGAAGGUGGAAGUCGGCUCCAUAGACUACAGAUAUCUAUGUUAGUGUUUUUACACUCACUCUUCCAUGGUUUCACAUGUGGACUUGCAGAUUAGAUUAUAUAAAGUGCUUCCAUUAACCUAAUGUGUUCAUUAUCAGCCCACUGAUGACAACUUUUCAUAUUACUCUGUGUGUGUUUAACCAGUUUUGGUAUUUUAAAAAGUAUUACUUAAAACAAAACCAUUAUUUACAGUGGUGAUAAUCAAAACUUAGAUUACAGUGGAACCUCUCUUAGCGAACACUGAGCAGGACACCCUUCCUAUGAGGACACUGAUUUGGAACGCCCAAGUUGGGUGUGACAAAUACAGAGAACUACCUGAUUACAGAGGUCAAAAUGAAUAGAAAUGGACAGAAUGGGAUGGCUUCCCUUACAGAGAGGGUGAUUUUAGAUUCCACUGUAUCAGUAUUAGAAUAGUCAUAAACAAAUAUAUGAUGAUUCGUUC